GCGCCUUCUGAAGAUGCCUGUGCUGCCCUACCAGCUGGAUGGCAAAGGUUGGACAGACGAGAUGCGUGCCGGCAUGCUCGUCUGCAUCUUCCAAUUCCUCUCCUCCCUCGGAGUCUUCUUCGUCAUCUCAGUGACGCACCUGCUGCCGGCCCUGAUCCUCUAUCCCUGGAUUUUCUGGGCGGUGGCAGCCGGCCUGGUAAAGUCCCGGCUCUGGAUUGCAGCGCUGGGCCUCGAUCCAGAAAGCCGCUUCGGCCGCGCCCUCGUGAUGGGCACCAACAGCUUUAUGUCCUGCAUGGGCAUCCAGGUCCUUGUCACCUGCAUGGUUCGCACCUACGAACGACUUCCUCGUCCGGCGGCUGCAGGUUUGGUACACCUGCCACCUGCGAGACGCAACCCCUAA